CACCACGCCAAAACCACUGUAUCAGUGUGUCCUUCCAUUCCAGGUUUUUCCACCACACUAGAAAGUAACUUUAAGGUUACUAUGAUCUUUUUUCAACAUGAUUCAUCACAUUUUCAAGCACACACUGCAUUAAGAAGCGAGAAAUCAUAACUCAUACAUAUAUAUGGUCACUUAUAAAUAAUUCUUAUAGCAAAACGGAUGGCAUGGAAAGCGUAGGGAAGAAUGUGCCUGUAAUUGUCUUUGUCUAAGUAGAGUCUGUAAUUGUCUUUUUGAGAAAACAGCAGCUAAGGUAAUUACAUAGAGCCAUAUUUCAUCUAUAAAAUAGCCUGAAAUCUCAUCUGCCACUAGUUCUUGAAGACCACACUUGAGCUAACUUCUCUCUAUUUCUUCUUUUCUCUGUGUGAGGUCCAUUUUUGAGCAAUGGCGAGAAAACUAAGCAUUGUUGUACUCUGCCUUGUUCAAAUGCUGCUUCUUCUCGUGGAAAACCAUGCCGAGAUUGUUGUGUCCACCGUUGAGGCUUCAGCUCCGCAGCCUCACAAGAACACCACCCACACCCUGUCCCACGCUCCAGCUCCGCAGCCUCACAAAAACACCAAGUCCCCUGUUCCCAAUUUGCAGCAUGGCAUCACCGAAGGCAGUCUUAAACCACAAGAAUGUGGGCCACGUUGCACCGCUAGAUGCUCAAACACACAAUACAAGAAACCGUGCCUGUUCUUCUGCCAAAAGUGCUGUGCCAAGUGCUUAUGUGUGCCUCCUGGAACUUAUGGCAACAAGCAAGUUUGCCCUUGCUACAACAACUGGAAGACCAAAAGGGGAGGGCCAAAAUGCCCCUGAAACUAUAAAUUUUACCUAUUAAGUCUCUUAAUUAAUGCCUUGCUAGUUGCUACCAGCACUCCAUGUAUUUAUAUAUGUACCCACCAGAUUGAAAUUAAGUAUCUUAAUUUUAAUUUAAUCAUGCUUGUCUUCGUGUGCUUUCAUAAUUAAUCAUUAGGGAAUAAGACAGAACACUUCUUCUGGCA